UUGAUUUGUUGUAUUCAGAACGUGGAAUUUGGUGGAAGCAUAUAUGUCCUUGCUCGCCGGUACCCGCGCCGGCGUCGGUCGUCGUAUCGUGCGCGUGAUACAUGUACUAGGGUUCGUCCUAUACCUCAGUCCGUGGUGGCUCGUCGGGUCGGAAAUCCGAUGUUUGUGAGUAGGUGAGCUCAGUCAAACACUUCAACAGAUGCUACUCAACAACUGUCAACAAUGAAGCCAAGUGCAAUCUUCUCGCUGAAAGUUGAGAUUAACGUUGUCCUGUUGGGACUGACUUUGAUGUCCUUUGUGAUGAGAAUGUGGCGACUAGAAGAACCCAGAGGGGUUGUAUUUGAUGAGUUUCACUUCGGCAAGUUCAUCAACCUGUACCUGCGUCGUACCUUCUUCUUUGACAUCCACCCUCCCCUGGGCAAGCUGCUGCUGGCAGGUGCCGGGUACCUGACAGAUACCAACGCCAGUUUUCCCUUUGACAGAAUCGGAGACGACUACCCGUGUGAUUUCCCUAUCUGGCACCUGAGGUUCCUUCCAGCACUGUGUGGCAGCCUAUUGGUCCCUCUUGUCUACCUCAUUAUGGCUGAAGUAGGAUAUUCACAUUGGACGGCACUGUUGGCAGCAAGCUUGGUAUUGUUUGAUAACGCUCUGAUCACCCAGUCAAGAUUCAUUCUUCUGGACACAAUUCUCUUGUUCUUCACAUUCUUCGCUUUGUUGUCAUUUUUGAAAUUCAGGAAAAUUGACAGAUGUUUCAGUCUGUCUUGGUGGCUGUGGAUGACAUCACUUGGUGUAUCCAUGACUUGUGCAAUCAGCGUCAAGUACUCAUCCAUCUGUACAGUAUCUCUCAUAUGUCUGAUUGUAGUGUACGACUUCUGGCAGCUCAUCGGUGUUAAAACUCUCUCCCUGAAAACUCUCCUGUGCCAUUUUCUUGCCCGUCUGUCCCUCUUGAACAUCUUCCCCCUCCUGAUGUAUAUUGGGAUAUUCUGGAUUCAUCUGAGCGUGCUCAGUAAGGCUGGUCCCCAUGACAACCAGAUGACAAGUGCAUUUUCAGCAAGCCUGGAGGGAGGCUUGUCAUUGAUUACCAAGGGACAGCCUUUAUCCGUGGUCUACGGCUCCCAGGUCACCCUACGUCACACCCACAACCAGAUGUGCUGGCUACACUCCCACAACCAGAACUAUCCCUUCAUCUAUGAGACCGGGCGGGGGAGUUCAGGACAACAGCAGGUCACGUGCUAUGGCUUCAAGGAUGAGAAUAACUGGUGGAUUGUCAAAGACCCGAGGAGUUCCUUCAUCGGUGUCAGGGACAUUUCCAAAAGGAUUAAAAAUGGGGACAUCGUUCAGCUUGUCCAUGGAAAAACUGGCAGGGUGCUCAACAGUCAUGAUGUAGCCGCUCCAAUGUCGCCGCAUUUCAUGGAAGUAUCGGGCUACAUCGAUUACAAUAUCACCAUUCCAGAACAGAGCCUGUGGAAAGUGAUCAUUCUGAAUGCGGAGACAGAGGGCGAUACUUGGAAGGCCCUCUCAUCCCACGUCCGAUUCCUCCACCUGAACACGUCCCAGUACCUGAGAGUCACCGCGCAGCAGCUACCAGCCUGGGGCUUCUUUCAGUUCGAAGUGGCCACCGACCGGGGAAUACAACACGAGGAUAACGUCUGGAAUGUGGAAGAGCAUCAGUAUGCAAAAGUUUCAGAAACAGGUGAUGCUGUAGUGGACUGCCAGCAUGUAGAACCUUUUGACGAAGGAAACAUACUGACCUUCUGGGGCAAAUUUAUGGAGUUACAGAUGAAGAUGUUGACCAAAAGUUUUGAGAUUCAGUUUGAGCAUCGGUAUCGGUCGUCACCCCUGGACUGGCCACUGACCCAACGAGGCAUUGCAUACUGGAUCCACAUGGAGUCCAAUAUGCAGAUAUAUCUCCUUGGCAACCCAGUCACCUGGUGCACGGCAACCGUCUGCAUCCCUGUCUUCAUCACCAUUCUCAUCAGUUUGGUCAUUAGGAGGAGGAGGAAAUGUCAAGAUUUGACAGAAGAUGACUGGAACCGACUUGUCCUGACGUCGGUCAUCUUCCUUGGGGGUUGGGCCCUGAACUACCUCCCGUAUUUCUUGAUGGAAAGAACCCUUUUCCUGCACCAUUACCUGCCAGCCCUGCUGUGCAAGAUCAUGCUGCUGGCUGCGACGUGUGAAUGGAUCCAUAUAUUGAUACUCAGGACGUCUGCCCAGCGUAGCAUCUUCACAGCCCUGGUAGUAGUAUUUUUCAGUUCGGUGCUGGCUGCGUGGCACAACUUAAUGCCGUUCACCUACGGCCACACAGCAUUAACCGCUGAGGAGAUUGUAUCGACUAAGUGGAUGGACACGUGGGCUUUCCUCAUACAGAGAUAGGAAUGGUUGGUUUUAAUGAUUGGGUCUUAAAUUGCCCUUCACACUUAAAAUAAACUGUAAUAGAGCGCUUCAACAAUCUCAAAGUGCUUUACAAUUACUUCCCCGUUCAUCAGGCCACGAGACCACGCUGCAGUCGAUGUCAGGGCACAUUCAGUCCUUUACCCUCAUAGGUACCUAUACAUACUCCUGGAUGGAGAGAGGCAAUUGUAGUUAGGUGUCUUGCCCAAGGGCACAAACACCAUGUUCCUGUUAGGGUUCAAACAUUAUACUCUGUACUGUCCAGUAGCAUAUUUUUGGAGGGGUGGGGGUGGUGGGUUGGGGAUGGGGGGGGGGGUGUUUGAGUAGGUGUACACCCCUUACUAUUUUCUUUGUCAAUGAUAUUGUUGUCAUUUUGACAAAACCAUGUGUCUGCCGGCAAAUAUGCCGCACCAAAAGAGCACCAUCUAUUGCUUGAUGGUGUCUUGUAUGAACAGUGCCCCCAAUAGUCGGAUACUUUCCAGCCCCUCCCUCCCCCCUCCCCUUCACUUCGGGUGGUAUGCACCCCUCAGGUGUUAAAAACGCCACAUCCAACAUCAAAACAGUCAACAAUUGUUGAAUAUAAGCAGUAGCUCCCUGAUUUUAAAGAUUGGCUGAUUUUUUUUAAAGGUAGGGUAUAUCAUUUUUCAUUUGUGCAUUUUUUUCAGUUCAAGCAACAAAAG